AUGUCUUCCUCCGAUGAUGAAGACGAGUGCUUCGCUCGGUUCCUCGAAUCAGAAGUUUCCUCGGUAGAGGAUGAAGAAAAAACGAAAGAACCUGAACCAAAACGACAACGUAUUGAGAAAGACAAAACAAAGGUUGUAGACAAGGAAGUAGAUCAAAAGAAAAUAGAGAGUGGAGAUUUCAGCAAAGUUCCUACAGAUCUCUUUCGUCAUAUCUUCAAGUUCUUAUCCUCUGAGGAUCUUCUUUCAUGCUCUUUAGUGUGUAAAUUUCUAAACUUUGCUGCCUCUGAUGACUCCUUAUGGCGUCGCCUGUAUUGUAUCCGGUGGGGACUAAUGCCGUCAACUAGAAUGCUACGUGAAUCUGCUUGGAAGAAGCUUUAUAUCGAUCGUGACGAGAAGGACAUGAUUGAACUUGUCAGAAGCUGUCCACCGGAUUUUAAAGUGUAUUACGUUCAAAUGCAAGCAGCCAAGCGAAGUCAAGCCCCUCUUCCCUCCGAGAUGGUGGAUGACAAGGUAGUUCUUGACAAAACUGUGCUUGACAAAGUAUCUCUAUGGAAGAAAAGCAAGGGACUUACCAAUAAAUCUGUGAUUGGCCACGUUUGUUUGGGAACAAAAUGUGGUUACCAUCAGAUUGACGAUGUGUUCAUAUGUGAAGAGACUGGAAAUGUUCACGUAUGUGAUGAGAAUUGCAAGGAAGUAAUAUUUUGUCCAGACAGUGGAUGCAUGGUGUGUACUAUCUCAGGACUUUGUUCUGACAGUUUGGUCCUAGAAACUGAUUCAGACACAGAUCAGGAAGAAGCUGAAGUAUUAACAGAAAAGGGGCGGUUUGAUAGAGCUUUUGAAUUUGGAUACAACUGCGAGAGUGAGCAGGAAUUAGAACGUACAUUUAGGUUCUGCUGA